UGCGGUUUACCGCCAGCCAAUGAGCGCCGGCCUCGCCUCGCGCCCCGCCCCGCGAGCCGUGGCCGUUUGAAGUGACUAAUUUCUGUCAUAUGACUGAGGCGCCCAUGGGGGUGGCGGGGCGGCUGUAGGAGUGGGGGCCUAGCAAACGCCCAGCGCAGCGACCCCGGCUUGCCCGUGGCCAGCAUGGCCCCUACGCUGUUCCAGAAGCUCUUCAGCAAGAGGAGUGGGCUGGGCGCGCCCGGCCGGGACGCCCGGGACCCGGAUUGCGUGUUCAGUUGGCCUUUGCCAGAGUUUGAUCCAAGCCAAAUUCGACUGAUUGUAUAUCAAGACUGUGAAAGACGAGGGAGAAAUGUCUUGUUUGACUCCAGUGUUAAGAGAAAAAAUGAGGACAUAUCUGUAUCGAAACUCUGUAGUGAUGCUCAGGUUAAAGUCUUUGGGAAAUGCUGCCAACUGAAACCUGGAGGAGACAGUUCUUCCUCUUUGGAUAGUUCUAUGACUUCAUCUUCUGAUAUAAAAGACCAGUGCCCUAAGUACCAGGGUUCUCGGUGCUCUUCUGAUGCCAAUAUGCUUGGAGAGAUGAUGUUUGGCUCAGUAGCAAUGAGCUACAAAGGAUCCACCUUAAAAAUUCAUCAGAUUCGUUCCCCUCCACAGCUCAUGCUCAGCAAAGUAUUUACUGCACGGACUGGCAGCAGUAUCUGUGGAAGUCUCAAUACGCUACAAGACAGUCUUGAAUUUAUCAAUCAGGACAAUAAUACAUUAAAGGCUGAUAAUAACACAGUUAUUAAUGGACUACUUGGUAAUAUAGGUCUUUCACAGUUCUGCAGCCCCAGGCGGGCAUUCUCUGAGCAGGGUCCGCUCCGCCUGAUCAGGAGCGCCUCUUUCUUUGCAGUUCACAGCAACCCAAUGGACAUGCCUGGAAGAGAGUUGAAUGAGGACAGAGACAGUGGCAUAGCACGAUCUGCAUCUCUCAGCAGCUUGCUUAUCACUCCGUUUCCCUCCCCAAACUCCUCACUUACCCGAAGUUGUGCCAGCAGCUACCAGCGACGUUGGCGACGCAGCCAAACAACAAGUUUGGAAAAUGGGGUAUUUCCAAGAUGGUCUAUAGAAGAAAGCUUUAAUCUGUCAGAUGAAAACUGUGGCCCUAACCCAGGAAUUGUGAGGAAAAAGAAGAUUGCAAUUGGGGUAAUCUUUUCCUUAUCCAAAGAUGAAGAUGAAAAUAACAAAUUUAAUGAAUUCUUUUUUUCACAUUUUCCUCUCUUUGAAAGCCACAUGAACAAAUUAAAGAGUGCAAUAGAACAGGCUAUGAAAAUGAGUCGGAGAUCAGCUGAUGCCAGUCAGAGGAGCUUGGCAUAUAAUCGAAUAGUUGAUGCCCUAAAUGAAUUCAGAACAACAAUUUGUAAUCUUUAUACAAUGCCACGAAUUGGAGAACCUGUCUGGCUUACAAUGAUGUCGGGGACUCCAGAGAAGAAUCAACUUUGCCAUCGUUUCAUGAAGGAGUUCACUUUUCUAAUGGAAAAUGCUUCCAGAAAUCAAUUCUUGCCAGCUCUUAUUACUGCAGUUCUGACCAAUCAUCUUGCCUGGGUUCCAACAGUCAUGCCAAAUGGACAACCACCUAUAAAAAUAUUUUUAGAAAAACAUUCCUCCCAGAGUGUGGACAUGUUGGCAAAGACUCAUCCAUAUAACCCACUUUGGGCACAACUGGGAGACUUGUAUGGUGCUAUCGGUUCUCCUGUACGAUUAGCAAGGACUGUGGUAGUUGGUAAACGACAAGACAUGGUCCAGAGGCUACUGUAUUUUCUUACUUAUUUCAUAAGAUGCUCUGAACUUCAAGAAACCCAUCUUUUAGAAAAUGGAGAGGAUGAAGCCAUUGUUAUGCCAGGCACAGUAAUUACUACCACUUUAGAGAAAGGUGAAAUAGAAGAGUCAGAGUAUGUGCUUGUCACAAUGCAUAGAAACAAAAGCAGUUUGCUGUUUAAAGAAGCAGAAGAAACAAGAACUCCUAAUUGUAACUGUAAAUAUUGCCAUCAUCCAUUCCUUGGGCAAAAUACAGAAAAUGUUUCACAACAAGAGAGAGAAGAUACUCAAAACAACUCUAAGGAGCUGCUGGAAAUUUCAGAUGAGUACCGGAUAAUUUCUCCUUCUGACUGCCAAGAAGAAAAUGCUGUUGAUGUUCAACAGUACAGAGAUAAAUUAAGAACUUGCCUUGACACCAAGUUAGAGACAGUUGUUUGCACAGGAUCUGCUGCAGUAGACAAAUGUGCAUUGUCAGAGUCAGGCUUAGAGCCAACAGAGGAAACACGGCAGAGUAAGGCAGUGCUGGAUUCAGAUAAUCACACAAGCAAAGCGAUGAGAUCCACAGGAAUGGUUGUGGAAAAAAAACCUCCAGAUAAGCUUGUGCCUGCUGCAUUUUCUUGUGAGGCAACACAAACAAAGGUUACUUUCCUGAUUGGGGAUUCUAUGUCGCCCGAUUCAGACACUGAACUCCGGAGUCAGGCAGUGGUGGAUCAGAUCACCAGGCAUCACACCAAACCUUUGAAAGAAGAAAGAGGGGCUCUCAAUCAGCAUCAAGAAAUUAAACAAACAACUAUGGACCAAUCUAGAGAGUCUGAUAUACAGCAGAACAUGGUUUCUGGAGAGCCCUGUGAACUUCCCUGUUGGAAUCAUUCAGACCCAGAAAACAUGAGCUUGUUUGAUGAAUAUUUUAAUGAUGAUUCAAUUGAAACUAGGACUAUUGAUGAUGUUCCAGUUAAAACAAGUAUAGACAGUAAAGAACACUGCUGUAUGUUAGAGUUGUCAAAAAGAUUGUGUAUAAAACAUAAACAGAACAAUGAAUUUCUUAAGUGUAUAGAAACAGUUCACCAAGAUUCAUGUAAAACCUGCUUUCCUCAGCAGGACCAAAGAGAUACACUCUCUAUUCUUGUCCCCCAUGGGGAUAAAGAGAGUUCAGAGAAAAAAAUUGCUGUAGGAACUGAAUGGGACAUUCCAAGAAAUGAAAGUUCAGAUAGUGCCCUUGGGGAUAGUGAAAGUGAAGAUACAGGUCAUGAUAUGACUAGACAAGUCAGCAGUUACUAUGGAGGAGAGCAAGAAGAUUGGGCAGAAGAGGAUGAGAUACCUUUUCCUGGAUCAAAGUUAAUUGAAGUGAGUGCUGUUCAGCCCAACAUUGCCAACUUUGGGAGGUCCUUAUUGGGUGGCUACUGCUCAUCUUAUGUGCCUGACUUUGUUCUUCAAGGAAUUGGCAGUGAUGAGAGGCUUCGUCAAUGUCUAGUGUCAGAUUUGUCUCAUGCUGUGCAGCAUCCUGUGUUGGAUGAACCAAUAGCAGAAGCUGUCUGUAUUAUAGCUGAUAUGGAUAAAUGGACUGUUCACAUGGCCAGUAGCCAGAGACGAGUAACAGAUAAUAAAUUGGGAAAGGAAGUAUUGGUUUCAAGUCUUGUUUCCAAUCUGCUUCAUUCCACUCUUCAACUUUAUAAACAUAACUUGUCUCCAAAUUUUUGUGUAAUGCACCUUGAGGACCGAUUGCAGGAGCUAUACUUCAAGAGUAAAAUGCUGUCUGAAUAUCUGAGGGGACAGAUGCGCGUUCAUGUCAAGGAGCUAGGAGUGGUACUGGGGAUUGAAUCCAGUGAUCUUCCUCUUUUGGCUGCUGUAGCAAGCACUCAUUCUCCAUAUGUUGCUCAGAUACUGCUUUAGUUUACAUAAAUGGUUGUUAGAAAUUGGUGAAAUGAUAAGUAGAAACCAGUGAAGCAUAUACAAUAUGCAUUUAUGGAGAUUUUUUUCACUGUUAGACUUCCAUCUAAACAUAUCAGUCACUGGGGUAUUCUGCAUUGCAUUACGUAUUCUGUGUACAUCAUAUGGAUUUUUCUUUUUGACUGGACUUUGGUUGGUGGUAAAUUUUUAACCAAGUGAAGUAACACAAAUAAUUUUGGGGGCAACAUUUGAAAAAGCCAAAGUGUAACUUUGCAAUGUGACUAUAUUAUCAAGGAAUUUCAUGUGAUCACUGCAGUGUUAUCACAAUUCAUAAAUAACAGAUGUCUCAUGAUGUAAAGACUUUGAAAUAGUCAUUUGAUUAGUUUUUACUUCUUUAUUUCUAAGGUACAGAGAUACAUAAUUUGAUUAUUUGUUAUUUUGUUUUACAGUUUAAAACAGCUAAGUUCUGGUUAUCUCUCAAAGUAUUUUGAACAGCCUGUUAAUUAUAAUAAACUCAGAAUGAGUGUAAAUGUGUGUUAUAUUAUCUACCCAAUUGUACAUAUGUAUCUAUUUUUUUAAAAAGCAGAGGUAGAAAUACAAGAUUGGUAACAUGCAUUUUUAAAACAAUAUUUUCAACUAGUAUGAACUGUAUGUAAUGUUGAAAUGUUAACUUUCUGGUGAUUUUUCUGUUUCACACACUCUAAAAUAUAAGUAAAGCCAAUCUUUUUUUAAGGCAGAGGAAUGUAGAUUCCAAUAAGAAUACUACUUUAUACCAUUUGUUUAUAAGUGUGAGGUAAUUCUUAUAAGUAUUAAUAUUUACGUAUUUUCUAGUUUAAUAAAUGAAAACUAGAAUUAAAAAUUACACCAAAGCAUUGACAAAAAUAAUGCUAUUUUCUUUAAAAGUGCUCAGGUAGCCAAGGCCCUUGCUUUUGGUAUCAGCCCUUGAAUCCAUAGGAUCUGAAUAUUUGUUUCACUGCUUAAUAAUAGUCUAUUUACACUAAUAACUCGUAACUCUUAAAAUUAUUCUUUCUCCAAGAGCCCCACCCUUUUUAAGUUGAUUUUUUUUUUCAAAGAUUUCUACUUGUCACUUGUCUUUGUAUAUAAUAUAGGAGUGUUGCUCAUAAGAAGGCUAAUAUGGAACCAAACUCCUGUAAGUAAUGUAAAUAGAAAGAUGGGUAGAUAAAAGUUUUCAAUAUGCUCUACUACCUCAGUUUACUUGAAUACUGCAUUAUAGUUUAUUCUUUGCUUAUCUAAUCUAAGAUACUUUCGAGGCCAGAAGUUGGUUUCUGUUUUCAUUGACUAUUUUCAUUAUAAUUAACUAAAAAACCCCACUUGCUUAUUCAUUGUUAAAUACACUAAUAUCCAUUCUUGGUGUUUAAAUUUCCAGUACUUAAUGGAAAAAUUUCUGUGGUGUGUUUAGUUUUUGAACUUCAGUUUAUAACAUUAGGUUACAUUUUGCCUUGCUCUUUAUGUAUUCAAGAGAUUUCCAACUAGACAAAGAAGAAAUAGCUAUUUUAAUGGAAUGUAACCCUGAAAUUGGUGUGCCUACAGUCUGUUUGGCGCAUGUCCUAGUAUCUGGUCCCAGUUAGUACCUGAGUCUCCCAUGGAUGACUUGCUGCCAAAGAGUUCUCAUUUUCUUUGGCUUAGUUUUCUUAUUCUAAUCAUUAACAAAAUUCUUCUGUUGUCUAAUUUUAAAAUACUUUGAGUUAGUUUAUUUGCCAACAUUCAGAAUAUAGAAAAUGUUAUAUGUACAUUAUACAUUUUUUUUUUAUUAUAGCUCAGAAUAAUAGCUAUCAGAUAAUAUCUGUUUCUGGGUGUUUCUUCGUCAUCAAACUAUUCUCUAUUUGAAAUGUAUAAUCAAUUACCAUUUAGAAAUUCUAGUCUUCAAUAAAGGGAUGGCUCUUGCUACUGUUAUUCUUAAUGCUAAGUUUGCUGGGAAGGCCUAUUGCUUCUUAAAGAAUCAUUUAAUCCUUAUAGGAUUCUUGAGUUCUGUAAUUCCUAACCCUUCUAUAAUUUGUUACCUUCAUCAUAGUCAUUCUUUUCUUUACACAAAACCCAAGGAAUGAGCUGCUACUUCUUUUAAGUGUGGUCAUUAUGAUUAAUGUGGAAAGAGGUUUAGCCUAUUUGAAAUAAUUUUCAACUUACGGUACAGACAGAUGUUACAUAUCAGAAAAAACUGUUGCAGUAGGAAACAAAAAAGGGAUCUUUUAAAUUAUGGAACUAAAACUAAUUUUUUCUUGUAUAUAAACUAAUUGAUUUGACUUUAAAUAUUACUAGCCUUUAUUAAUAUGUCUUAAUUUUGAAUUUGAAAAUGUUAAGUGCAAUAAAAACACACUGCAGAUUUCAUCUGAUUGGAAUACUCUGGGGAUGAUCACUAAGAAGACCAGAUUUUUACAUAAUGCCUACUUCUAGUAGAUGUCUUACGAGAAUGCUCUGCUUUCUCUAAGUUAUUUAGAUGGUGGAUAUGUAAAAUGUACAUUCUUGUUCCUUGUCUAUAUACAUUUCUCAAAUGUACAUCUGUAUUAUAAUAAUCUCCCAGUUCUAGGGGAAGUUUGUGCAAUAAAUACAUGUUAAUUUGA